AUGAGACUCCUCUGUCGUUCCCCUGGCCUGAGGCCGUUUCUUCUUUCCUUCGUCGUCGUCCUCACAUUUGCUUCCAAAAUCUUGCAUAUCCUCCAGCAUCUUCGCAGCGUUCCUAAUUCGUCUUUUUUCUUGUAUCUACCCACAUUUUUUGUCACUGAUUUCCUUGUUUCUGUCUUUGCAUGGCUGGCGUUGUCGAAACUUUCGGGUCCAUGGGGUGUUGCUGGGUCGGCCGUUGUUGCUUUCUUAGGGACCAUUGACCUUGGUGCCGUGUCUUCACAAUUUGGUUUCUUCUAUGUCACCGGUGCCGAGGUGCGAUGGAAUGCCGCAUCAAGCCUCGCCACUGAUACCGCAGGCCUCAAGCUUCUCUUGAGCGGGUUGAUGCCUGUUUUUGCCUUUGGCACCCUUCUACUCUUUCUUUGCUGGACAUUAGCUCCUCUAAUCACCCUCAUCUUCGAUUCGUGGCUCUCGGCUGUCGGCAAUGCCUUCGUCGGACUCUCUUGUCGUACUCGCAAAUACCUUCCUCUCGCCAACGAACCCAAGCAGCCACCGCAGCGCAGAUAUACGGGACUGCUUCUUACCGUGGCCGGCUUACUCAUUAUUCUAGGUCUCGACAUAAUACGACCCGAUGUGCCAUACGAUCAUAUGUCCGGAACGGUACCAUUCACGCUCGCCGCGGCCUUGCAGAAUAAGAAUCGAACUUGCCUCUCAUCGGAGCAACAACCUUUUCCAUUGUCAGAUUUGGUUGCGCCUAACCUGUGGGAGCCCAAGGACGGUCGAUACAAGGGUUGGAAACCGGGUUAUCAGCCGUCGGUAGCGGAUCUGGCAACGGUAAAGGCACCGUCGUGGGCUCCUGAGACCUGGCCCGUGGGAUUUGGACGAUGGGCAGAGCGACCUACGAAUUCAUCAAAGGAUACUCUUUUGUCUGUUACUGAUGCUGUUUGUCCCGGCGGUAACUCUUUACACCACACGUACGACCCUGUGUUAGAUCCUAUGCGCAUCACCAAUUUGGAUUUGGAGGUGUUGGCACCGGUCCAAAAGGCUCUGAAAGAUCACGCAGUGCCAAUCAAACACGUCUUUUUAAUCGAAAUGGAAAGCGCACGAAAGGAUAUAUUUCCGUUGAAAUCGGACUCACAUCUCUACCAGCAAAUUAUCGAAGCACAUGAAUCGGCGAGUCAAGAAGAUCUUCAGGAACUCAAGUCAAAACUGGCUGCUAUGACCCCAGUUGCCGAGCAAAUCACUGGGGAAUCUGGUAAUUUCGACCUGGAAUCUAAUGAACUGCGAAACAAUCUCACUGCUGAAACAUGGAAGGAUCCGUCUGCACCAGGAAUGGGCGGGAUCAACGUCCUCGGCACAGUUACUGGGAGCAGCCUUUCUUUCAAGAGUGUCGUGGGCAGUCACUGUGGUGUUGGACCUAUCCCAGUAGACUUUAUGUUCGAAACCGAGGCCGAAAUCUAUCAACCAUGCAUUAUGCAUAUUCUCAAGCUAUUCAAUGAACUCAAAAAGGAAGGUGAGAUGUCUACGGAUAUGCGCCAGCAAAAGUGGAGAUCCGUUUUCAUGCAGUCGAUUACCGGCGAGUUUGAUAACCAAGGAAAGUUGAACGAACAGAUGGGGUUCGAUCAGUCCAUUUUUAAAGAGAACAUCAACACUAAGAAGGCGAAGCACUGGCAUAAAGGCAUGACUGAGAUCAACUAUUUUGGGUAUGAAGAGCCAGAAAUUUAUCCCUAUCUCAAGGACACGAUCGAAGAAGCCAAAGCAAACGGAGAAAGAUUGUUUCUUUCUCAUUUUACGAGCACCACACAUCACCCAUGGGGACUGCCAUCAGAAGUUCAAGUCGAGAACUACUGGCCUGGCGGCCGCUUUGCGUCAGAGCACCAGCCCAGCAACAAGUACCUCAAUGCUGUCCACUACGUCGACAAAUGGCUUGGCAAUGUUAUGCAAGUUAUUGAAGAGACUGGAAUUGCAAAUGAGACGUUGGUUGUUUUUGUCGGUGAUCAUGGACAAGCUUUCGCUGAGGAUUCACAUAUCAUCGGAACUUUUGAGAAUGGACACAUCAGUAACUUUCGAGUUCCUCUGGUAUUCCGUCAUCCAUUGCUCCCCCGUCUUGAAGUGCGGGCCAAUGCUUCCUCCAUGUCUAUUCUACCUACAAUUCUUGAUCUCCUGAUCAAUACAGAUUCUCUGGACGAUGUUGACAAGAAUGCGGCUUCCGAUUUGAUUCACGAGUAUGAAGGUCAGUCAUUGUUGAGGCCGUACAAAGAAAGCCACAACGGAAGACAAGCGUGGAACAUGGGUAUCAUCAACACCGGCGGUACCAUGUUGAGCGUUGCGUCAGCAGCCGCUCCUUAUAGACUCAUCCUUCCUUUGACCCGUGAAUUUACUUUCAUCUUCUCGGACCUGUCUCAAGAUCCGUAUGAGACGGAUGUUGUAGAGGACUGGGACAUUCACUCCCUGCUUCAUACCGUCAAGAGAAAGUAUGGCCAUGAUGCCGCUCACUGGCUGAAAGAAGCGGAGAAAGUAGGAAGAUGGUGGGUGGGUGAGAAGAAGCGAGUCUGGAACUAUCGUGAUGGAUAA